GAUUGUUAGAAACGUAUUUUAGUUAAUAUUUAUUGUGCCAUUGUUGGAGAAGAUACAGAAAAUAAAUUCCAUACUCAACCUGCACAAUUCUGAAGCUAUUUGUGGAGAUGGCAAUGGCUGCAAAAUUUAAGUUCAUUCAAAGAGAAACCAUCAGACCGUCUUCUCCAACACCCGAAAACCGUAAAAUCCUCAACCUGUCUCUUCUUGAUCAGCUCCUUCCAAAUACUUACACACCGCUUCUUCUCUUUUACCCUGCAAAUGAUGGCGAUCAUCUUGAUCGCCAUGAAAAACUCGAGAAGCUAAAAAAAUCUCUAUCCGAUACCUUGACGCAUUUCUAUCCAUUUGCGGGAAGACUCAAAGACAAUACCUCCAUAGAUUGUAAUGAUCAAGGAGCUGAAUUUAUUGAAGCGCGAAUCGAUUUUCCUCUCUCAGAAUUUUUCAGAAAUCCUGACAUACCAAUGCUGAACUGUCUAUUGCCUGCAGCAGCAGAAAAUCCUGAAGCAGCUGCCGGUAAUCUAUUAAUCGUCCAAGCUACAUUCUUUGAUUGCAGCGGAUUAGCAGUCGGGAUUUGCAUUUCGCAUAAAAUGACUGAUGCAGCCACCUUAUCUACAUUCACUGAAUGCUGGUCUGCAACAGCGCAUACCGGCUCGAGCAGGACGGUGACACCUCCUAUGUUCAUGGGUUCAUCAAUUUUUCCACAUAUGGACAUUUCGAUCCCACAUAACCAAAUUGACCUGAAGCUGAAAAACUACAGGUCAAGAAGACUCGUUUUCACUGGCUCGAAAAUCUCCGCCCUGAGAGCUAAACUCGCUAGCGAAACUGCGUUAGAACCGACCCGAGUGGAAGCUGUUGCAGGGCUAUUAUGGAAAACUGCAUUGGCCGCAGUAAGAUCAAGAUUGGGAUGUUCUAGGACAUCUAUUUGGGCUCUGAUGAUCAACAUGCGUACAAGGCUCGCGCCGCCCCUGCCUGAAAACUCCGCAGGUAACUGUGUGGGAUACAUCGCUCCAAAGAUGAUAGAUGAAGAUCACUGCGCGUUAGAAUUGAAACAGCUAAUCUAUAAAAUACGAAAAGAAAUGGAAGGAUUUAGCAAAAAUUAUGCGAAAAAGCUUCAAGGCGAAGGAGCUUCACAAGAAAUUUGCGGAUCUUAUAAGGAGUUCGGAGAGUUAGCAAUGCGUAAUGAAGUAGAGUUUUAUAUAUGCACAAGUUGGUGCAGAUUUAGACUAUACGAUACUGAUUUUGGCUGGGGAAAGCCUGCAUGGGUUAGUACUACCACUGGGAUGAUGAGUAAUGUUAUUGUUUUUAUGGAUACAAGAGAUGGUGAUGGAAUUGAAGCACAGUUGAAUUUGAGAGAAGAAGAAGAUAUGAAUUUUUUUGAAUCAAACCCUGAAAUUCUUGAAUUUGCUGCUGUAAACCCUAGUAUUUCUUGAAAAUCUGACUUUUGUUUAUGUUUGUUUUGCAUCAAUUUUUUUAAUAUGUUUUACAUUCGUAUUUAUUUCAUAAUAAAAAUUUGACCUAAUUUUAUUGAGAAAACAACAAAAAUAUCCUAAAAAGCUCUCCAAUUUAUAUCAAACCC